CGCGUCGCGUCGCGCGUCAGCCAAUGGGCAACGGCCCCGCCCCGCCCCCCGUGUGGCGCCACCCAAUGGGAGCGUGGGGCGGCGGUGUUUGAAAGCGCCGCGGGGGGCGGGGGCGCCAACGGCCGCCGAGGGAGGGCACGGUGGGCCUGUCAUGGCGCACAAACAGAUCUACUACUCGGACAAGCACGUGAUGCUGCCCAAGGACAUCGCCAAGCUGGUGCCCAAGACCCACCUGCUGUCGGAGUCGGAGUGGCGGAACCUGGGGGUGCAGCAGAGCCAGGGCUGGGUCCACUACAUGAUCCACGAAGCCCCACAUCCUGCUCUUCCGACGGCCAUUGCCCAAGAAACCAGAAAAGUGAGUGGCCCCUGGUCUGCCGAAGCUCCCAGCCCUUCCACGCUGAGAAAGCACCUUCCUCCUCCUCUUCGGCAUUCGUCGGGGGUUUCACCCCUGACCCUCUAUGCUGCCUGGGCGCCGUUUUGACGACUCGGCCCUUGUUCCGGCGGUCCUUCGUGUUGCGAUCCCUCCAAAGCUUCAAUAAAGUGAUGUUUGGGA